CGAUCUGCGUCUCCCAGAUCUGGGUAUUAUUUGCCUCCUGAUAGCGUCCUUGAUUGCACCUCACCAAGGCCUGCGUGUCAGCCAAGCAUCAGCCGUCAUGCCGCGCCCCAAGAUAGCUCUCGUCGGAAGUGGCGCGAUAGGAGCCACGCUGGCGCACAUAAGCGGCAUCAAGGAGCUGGGAGAUGUCGUGCUCUUCGAUAUCGUCGAAGGUCCGGCACACACGCGCACCCACAUGCAAUGCCUUGAGACAACACACAGGACAGAUGUUGUCGUGUGGAUCUGUUUGGCUGGUUGAUCAGGGAUGCCUCAGGGCAAGGCGUUGGAUCUGUCGCAGCUGUCGCCUGUUGAGGGGUUCGACACCAAGUACACGGGCACUCAGGACUACUCCGCCAUGAAGGAUGCAGAUGUCGUCAUCGUCACUGCUGGGGUGGGCCUGAGGUCAAGGAGGAGAGAGGGGCAGGGCAGGCCGACUUCACUCACUCCCUGAUGCAUGGAUGGAUGGAUGGAUGGAUGUGUGGUGUCUUGCCAGGUGCCCCGCAAGCCCGGCAUGAGUCGCGACGACCUGCUGGCGAUCAACGCCAAGAUCAUCCGCGAGGUGGCGACCAACAUCAAGACCUUCUGCCCCAACGCAUUCGUCAUCUGCAUCACCAACCCACUCGGUAUGUAUUAUGCCGGUCCAUGCACUCACUCGACAGACACUGGGGUAUCGUUUGAUCCGCGGUGAUUGUGUGUCGUGUGUGGGUGUGUCAGACGCCAUGGUCCAGCUGCUGCAGUCUGCGUCGGGGCUGCCCACCAACAAAGUCUGCGGUGAGUGAAUGAGUCAGGAACUGGCGCGCACACGCACCACACACCCACGGCCCAUUUAUUUUUGUCUUGCAGGCAUGGCUGGCGUGUUGGAUGCUUCCCGUUUCCGCUACUUCAUCGCUGAGAAGCUCAACGUGUCGGUCGAGGACGUCAGCGCACUCGUCAUGGGCGGACACGGCGACACUAUGGUGCCCCUCGUGAGAUACACCACUGGUAAUUGGACGGACACACCACACAAUCAACACACAAAACAGUUCCACCACGUGUGUACGUGUGCGUGUGCAGUUGCGGGCAUUCCUCUGCCCGACUUGGUGUCGAUGGGGUGGCUGACGCAGGAGGACAUCGACAAGCUCGUCGAGCGCACUCGAUUCGGCGGCGGAGAAAUCGUCCAGUCAGUUGCUGAAACACACACAAGUCCUUCAUCGCUGGAUGCAGUGAAGGCGUAAGUCGUGGUGUGUUGGGCAGGCUGCUCAAGACGGGAUCGGCCUUCUACGCCCCGGCAGCGUCGGCUAUCGCCAUGGUACGUACGAACGUAUACUGAGAAAUUUGCAUUCGUAUUGUACCUCACUCGUGUGUGUCGGUCCGUUUGUGGUGUUAUCAUCGAUCAGGCUGAGUCGUACCUGCGCGACAAGAAGCGGCUACUCCCGUGCGCUGCAUACCUGGUCAGUCACAAACACAAGCACUGAAACACGAGGAUGGGUGGCAUUGGCACCCUUGUUGGCUUUGUUUCUGCUACCAGACCGGUCAGUAUGGCGUCAACGGCUUCUACUGCGGUGUGCCGUGCAUCAUCGGCAAAGACGGUCAGCGCCACACGGACACAUUCAUGUGGAUCGUGUGUCUGUGGAUGGCCGUUGCUUCGAUGAGUGUUUGUAGGUGUGGAGAAGGUCGUGGAGCUGAAGCUGACGGCGGAGGAAGACAAGAUGUUCAGACAAUCGGUAUGCCGUCCUUCCCGGCACACACACAGAAGGAGGCAGAGAUCGGCAUGCACGUGUGUGGUGUGUGGUGUGUGGUGUGUGUGUGUGGAUGUCUCGAUCAAAUGCAUCACCCACGAACCAUCCAUCCAUCCGCUGGUCAGGUUGAGUCUGUGAGGCAGCUCGUGGAAGCUACUCCGAAGUGAGAAGAUCAACAUUAAAGUAAAUCAUCAUCAUCAUGUCAAUAAGGCAUCAGUACAGUACUGACUGACCAUACACACACACACACCAACACACACACACACACAUGAACAUUCCAUUGCAGGCAGCGGAUGUCCUGUUGUUUUCUUUGUCUCUCUCUCUCUGUGUGUGUGUGUGUGUGUGUGCGCAGUGCGCGGCUUUAACGACGAUCGAGCUGAGCAGACGGGGGUGAGCACCGCAGAUGGACGACAUACAUAGUGCGCCAUCUUUUUCGUCAAGGAGACACUUCCCCCACCCCACCGUGCACACACAUACACACGCACAUGUGUUGUUUCCGAAGGGACUCACUGUCUAUGUCUUCAUGUCUGUUGGGCAAUCCCUGCGUGUGCGUCACUGGCCGAUUUUCUUGCGUGACGUGACCGAGGAGUGCUGAUGGGGUGCGGCCUUGGUGCGCAUGUGUGUGUGUG